CCCCACCAUCAGUCAAAAGUUACCAAUAUCAUCAACCAUCGCAUCUCUACAUUUCUCCAUCUCUACACAUCACCAUAGACAUAGGCAUAGGCAUACCGCAGAAAUAAAUUGCCAACAUGUCGAUGGAUAUAGAUGUAGAUGUAGAUGUUCCUAUUUCUAUAGCACCUCAGCAAGGGUUAGAUAAUGCUCCGAUUACUGCUACCAUCUUCUGUUGCGACUGCGGUGCUCCUAUAGACGGUACAACGGCUAUCGACGCCAAAUGUUACGACUGCUUCAAACUCACCAAAGACAUCUCACAAGGCAUACAGCGCGAAGCCACCCUCCAUUUCUGCCGAGACUGCGAUCGAUGGCUUCAACCACCGUCUAGCUGGGUCACAGCUCCGCCCGAAUCCCGCGAACUUCUAGCCCUCUGUCUAAAGAAAUUAAGUCUUAACCGAACGAGGAUAAUCGACGCCAGCUUCAUAUGGACGGAACCGCACUCGAGACGAGUAAGGGUGAAGCUUGUGGUUCAAGCUGCCGUAGCAGAUGACCGGGUUAUGCAGCAGGCCUUGGAGGUGGUGUACGUUGUCGCAUAUCAGCAGUGCCCAGAAUGCGCCAAGUCAUAUACCGCCAACGUUUGGCGGGCAAGCGUACAAGUGCGCCAGAAGGUGCUGCACAAGCGAACAUUCCUCUACCUCGAGCAGCUUAUCUUAAAGCACGGCGCCCACCGUGAAACUAUCAACAUCAAAGAAGCCAGAGACGGCAUCGAUUUCUUCUUCGCCGCAAGAAAUCAAGCCGAGAAGUUUGUCGACUUCUUAAACUCCGUCGUACCCGUCCGAGUCAAGAAAUCUCAGGAGCUCAUCUCACAAGAUUCUCACACUGCCAAGAAAUCGUACAAAUUCACCUUCUCCGUCGAGUUAAUACCCAUCUGCAAAGAUGACCUUGUCGCCUUACCUAUCCCCCUCGCCAAGCAGAUCGGCAACAUCUCCCCGCUAGCCAUAUGCCACAGAAUCGGCACCUCUAUCAACUUGCUUGACCCUAACACCCUCCAAACAGCUGACAUCAGCGCGCCCGUGUUCUGGCGCACCCCCUUCCCCGCCUUAGCUGAUGCCCAAGAUCUGGUCGAGUUCAUCGUCAUGGACUGCGAGCCGAUCGGGCCGACGCGCGGGAAAUGGAUCCUCGCCGAGACGCAGCUGGCGCGUGCCUCGGACCUCGGCGUUAACGACAAGACGUACUUCGCCCGCACACAUCUCGGCGGGCUCCUGCACGCCGGCGACUCAGUCCUCGGGUACAUGCUCACCGGAACCAACUUUAACAACCCGCAGCUGGAGGCUCUCGAGGAAUCCAACGUAUACUCGUCGCGCAUCCCCGACGUGGUCGUCGUCAAGAAACACUACCCGAACCGCCGGCGCAACCGCAAGCGCGUCUGGAAGGUCCGUCGCAUGGCCAAGGACGAGGGAGAGCUACUGCCGCGCAAGACCGAUCAAGAGCGACAGGAUCGUGAGUUCGAGCAGUUCUUGCGGGAUAUCGAAGAAGAUGAGGAGUUUAGGCAGGGCGUACAGCUAUACAAACAGCCGGCACGGAAGAAGCAGGCUGAUGAGAUGAGUGUGGCGACCACGGCGGAGGACGGCGACGAAGGGGAUGAUGAUGUGCCGGGGGUCGAUAUGAAUGAGCUGUUGGAGGACUUUGACGAGCUUACUAUGGAGGAUCAGUAGUAGGGAGGGGGUGAAGGAGGACUGUUUAUCCAUUCGGUGUUGGGGGAUCGGAAAAUAGAGAUAUAAGUUCGGUGAAUGAAUCCAUGGCUGGCAGUUGUGGCUUUUUACGUACAGUACGGGACCUCAUCUCAUAUUUAUUAGAGUUUUUAACUCCAAGUAACAUGGUCUGGGUCUAGAUAUGAAUAAAGUAAAUGAAAUAAAAUGAAACCAAGUUUAAGAUGUUAUGUGGAUGUUUAUAGGAAGCACCUAGAUUAAACUAUAUCAUAAGUGCUUAUCAUACUGCGCUUUCUCCUAUUUAUCUAGGU